GGAGGAAUGGCGGCUCCUCGGAGUUUCUUCAUCACUCUCUCCGGUUUAUUCCUGUUUUUUUAUUCCUCUUGUGGAUCUACGACCUCCGGCAUCAAGAGAGCAAACCAGGAGCGAUGCGGUUACAAGGUUCAGUCUGGUGCAGAUGGAAGUCGCAGGUUGGCCGUCACCUUCAGAGCUGACAACUGCUCGUUGAACUACCCGUUGGGGAAACAUGUGAUCCAUGAGGUCACCAACGUCUCCUUCAGCCACCUGGCCUGUGAGGAUCAGGCCGCCGUGGUCGUCCACUGGGCUGCCAGUCCGCUAGGAAUCGAACACAUUAAAGGCUUCAGAGUUUAUCUGGAGGACAAGAAUCCAGAAGGGAAACAGUGUCAACAUCUCAUCCUCAAAGACCCUCGACAGCUCAACUGCUCCUACAAGAACACGAAGCUGAGCAGCCAGCCGUUCAGCGGUUUGACCUUUGACACCGACUACAUGGUUCGUGUCGUUCCUUUCCCGACUCUGAUGAACGAGAGCUUCUUCCCUCCGUCCUUCCUCCGUACCAACUCGUGUGAAGUCCUCCUGGGAUCAGACAACCUGGUUUGCAAACCAUUCUGGAAGCCAAAGACCCUGAGCGUGUCCCAGCUGGGAUCGAACCUCCAUGUGGCGUUCGACCAGGCGCCAGCCUCCUUCGGCUUCCACUUCUACUUCCUGUACUACAAGCUGAGGCAGGUCGGACCCUUCAGACAGCAGCGCUGCAAACCAGAUGUGAACCAGCACAGAACGACAUGCAUCCUCCAGGACGUCACUCCAGGGACCUACACUAUCGAGCUGAGAGACGACGGUAACACAACCAGGAGGCAAAGUCAGUACCACGUCAGCCAGGUCCUCUCCACCUGGGCGGGGCCUAUCCGGGCCAUGGCCAUCACGGUGCCUCUGGUCAUCAUGUCUGCCUUCGCCACUCUCUUCACUGUCAUGUGUCGCAAGAAACAGCAAGAAAACAUCUACAGCCAGCUGGACGAGGAGAGCAGCGAGUCGUCCAAUCACAGCGCGGCGUUGAACGCGGAGCGGCCGUGGCCCCGCCCCAAAGUCUUCAUCUGUUACUCCAACCGAGACUGUGCCAAACACAUCGCCGUCAUCCAGAGCUUCGCCUACUUCCUGCAGGACUUCUGCAGCUGUGAGGUGGUGUUGGACCUGUGGGAACAUCUGGAGAUGUGCAGAGAGGGUCAGAUGUCGUGGCUCAGCAGACAGCUGGACGAAGCCAACUUCAUCAUCACCGUCUGUUCCAGAGGACUACGCUACUACAUAGAGAAGAAGAGUCGCAGAGGGAAGACACCAGUCAGUCGCCGUAGUGGCAGCAGCAGCAGCUCUCCGAUUGGUGGAUCAGGCGGUGACCUGUUCAUUGUGGGCGUGGCCAUGAUCGCCGAGAAGCUUCGGUUGGCGAAGCAGAGCGAGGGGGGCGGAGCUCAGGAGCUGAACCGCUACAUGACGGUUUAUUUUGACUAUUCCACAGAAAACGACAUCCCCACCAUGUUGAGUCUGGCUCCCAGGUUUAAGUUGAUGGACCAGCUGCCUCAGCUCUUCAGUCGGCUCCACUCCAGUCAGUCCAGUUUGGCUGAUCGCGAGUCGCAGCCUCUCAACGUCUCCAGGAGGAACUACUUCAGGAGCCGAUCCGGACGCUCGCUCUACGUCUCCAUCUGCAACAUGCACCAGCACAUCAGCCAGAACCCCGACUGGUUUGAGAAGCAGCUUUCUCCUCCUUCAGAAGGUUCCUCAGCCUCGUCCUCCUCCAAGCAUCCUCCGGUCCCAACUGUCCCGGGUCCAAGCCCUCCUCCAAAGACUCCCUGCCCCUCCUCCUCGUCUCAGCCUGUGCAGAGGUUCGACUCCGGCUUGGUGCUGAAUGAGGUGGUGGUGAACACGCCGCCCCUGGAGGGGCAGAGGAGGAACAUGCUCAUGCUUGUCCCCGGAUCUAGUCCCAGUCUGAACCUAGGCCACAGUUCUAGUCCCAGUCCGGAUCCCUGUCCCAGUCCAGGUCUGCCACACUGCUCUCUGUCCAUGCUGGGAGCCACUUCAAGGUCCACUUCUGGAUUAUCUGGACUGUCACCUGAAGAAUCCUCCUCCUCCUCUACCUCCUCCUCCUCCUCUGCUCCCUCCAUCCUCCAGGAUGUUGUGUGUCCUCUCCUCACUCAGGCCGAAGAAGGCCAUCGUUCCCCUCCGGAGGCCCCGCCCCCUCGCGAUUCGGGCAUCUACGAUUCGUCCGUUCCUUCCUCGGAGCUCUCCAUUCCCCUGAUGGAUGGACUGUCACAUGACCAGGCUGACUCCUCCUCCCUGGCAGACAGCGAGUCAUCUUCUUCGGGGUUGGGUGACGAGGAGCCGCCUGCCGUCACGUCGCUCCGCUGCAAAGCAGAGCUGCACCACCAUCACCACCUGGAGCACAGCGACGGACCCGCACCUGUGGCGUCGUCAUAGGACACACCUCCGGCCAAUCAGAAGAGGAGCAGCACUGGUGAUGUCAUCAUAGGACCCCAAAAAAAAUAUCUUGGACCUGAAUCCUCUCUUAAACUAUCUAAAGGUACUUUGUUCGCUCUGCCUGGAGGAUUUCUUAUUUUGAAGGACUGGAUCUCCAGACGCUGGCAGAGCGGACCAGUUCAAACCAAAGACUCAGCACUGUGGAUUGAUUGAUUGAUUGAUUGACAGCUGACUCAUGUAUGAGUGGACGUUCAGGCACUUUUUGAUGCAGGAAGGCACAACAUGUCCAGAUGCUCCCGACAACAACAACAACAACGGGACGAACGCGGCUUCUGAAGGUUUUUGUUUUAAACCAAAAGCUGCUGAUUAUACAAUGUGGCGACAGAAUAUAUAUUUUGUAUUAUUCUCAACAUUUAGGAUCAACACCAAGUACGCACUAAAUACUUUUGGGGGGAAAACCACAUAUUCAUCAAUGACUGUUGUCCUUUAAAAAGAGUUUGUUUGAUGUGCUUUUUUGAGCAUUUUUCUCAUUAUAAAGAGGAAUUCUCUCAAAACAUUUUUAUUAAUAUUCAUUGGAUUUAAAGUUUUUCCUCUCAUAUGUUUUAACAGCAUACCUUAUUUAAAAUGUCUUCAUGGCCAGUGGCUAAUAAAAAACUGUAAUAUUAUUUUUGACAAACUGUUAACUGAACAGAGCUGUCGGAAACCUACUAAAACCUGCUAAUGUGACGUAAUGUAGUGGAAGAAUUGUGUGAAAUAUGUGUUAAAUUGAAAUUCUGUGAUUUUCUCUGCAAAGUUCAGAACACACAAUUAAAAUUCAUUCAUCUGUUGGCUCCACACGGACGCCAUAACAUAUUGAAUACUGUGGUUACAUAUUUAAAAGUAUUGAAUAUUAAUGUUACAUUCAUAGUCAUGUAUUUCUUAUUAAUCCUUUUCUAACAUUGUUGCAGGAAGCAGCGAUGAUGAGGGCAUUACUUUUGUUGUAGAAUGACUGAAAACCACUUUAAAGAUGCAGCUACGGAGGCUCGUUACGGCCAGAGCAAGAAAUACACACAAAAUUAUGAUGUCACAUUUUUUAUUUACUAAAAUAAAACUUAUGAGAUACAAAAUUAGAUUGUAUAAAAGUAAAUCAACAUUCUGAACUAUGAUCCAAACACUCAACUCAAUUAUUGAUCCCAUGAACAUGCUUCAUAUCUGACGCAAGUAUCAGAACGCUACGACUUUGUUAUUGAUCGUUUAAAGUUGUAUUUCCUCAAAUUGACUCAAAUGUGUUGAGUUGCUGCUGAAGGCAGAGUGACGUCUUCUGGUUCAUCUUCGGGUUUGACCUCUUUGGAAGGGAAGAGUCAGCGUUUCCUACUUGUAAAUAAUAUUCUUAUUCUUAUUUUUCCCUGGAAAUGUCUGUUCUGCUUCAACUUUGUACAUUUAGACUGUUGUAUCACUAUUCUUUCUACAAUAUUCUAGAGAUGUACUGUUUUAUAGUACCUUAAUGUAGGAAAUAGAUA